AAUCCCUACACAUCAUUCAACAUCUUAGUCUUAAUCUAACCCUCGAGCUAAAAAAUGUUCAAAAUAUUUUUUGUUGUGAUUUUUGCGUUCGUCGUGAGGGCUGACGACAACGAUACGACAACCACGACUCCCUGGACCACCCACACGACGCCAGAAUCUUCGAGCAUCUACUGCGACUACUUCCCAGAACCGUCGGAAGAGGAUGUAGGAAACUACGGCGACGGUUUUUGCCAGCUGGAUGGUAGUUUCCCAAACGAACAACUGUUUUUAAGAAAAAUUAUAUCCACGUACGACGGUGACACUUUUGUCUCGGAUUCGUACCACUUUCCCGCAAGUCUGGUGACCAGAGUGGUUUUGCUAAAUUUUGGAAGGUACCAUGGCGCGACCAACGCCAUCGAUAUUAUCAACGAAAGCGGUGAUGGGGGGGUCGAAAUUUACGUCGACAUUUUUUCGGGAAAAGGGAUUAGGAUGUUUGUGGAGGUGUAUGGAUUGAAGUACUAAAUAAAUAUUACCUAGUAGCAUUUUUUUGAAUUUUUGUUGAAAGGACACCAGUUGAUCUAUUUUUAAUCAGUGAAGAUGGCGUAAUCUAAAUCCUCAAAUCUCGACAAGACAGAUCUAUUAAAGUGAUUUCAUCCUGACUAUUUCAUCAGUGCCCAGUCAUGUUUCAACAACUUUUCUUUUUAGCUUUGUUCUUGUGUAUAAAUUGUGAUAACACCAUUACUACAAUCACCCAGGACACAACUGCUCCCAGUUACCCUUCUCUUUACUGUGACUACUUCGCUGAUCCUUCAGAGCCGGACGAAGGAAAUUAUGGUGACGGAUUUUGCAGCGUCGGUGGAAGUCUGAAUGUCACAGAAGAGUUACUUUUGACUAAAAUUUUGGUAACUAAUGACGGCGAAGAAAGUUUUGCUCACACUUACACGUUUUCGAAAAGUGUGGUAACAAGAGUCAAGCUUAUGAAUUUCGGAAGAUAUCACGGAGCGACCAAAGCCAUUGGACUUCUUAAUGAAGAGGAAGAUGGACAGGCCGAAAUUUACGUAUUUGUUUAUUCUGGGAAAGGGAUGAGAAUGUUGUUGGAGGUGUAUGGAUUCAAAAAGUAAUACUGUUAUAAAUGAUGUAAAAUACACUGUUGACGUUUUGUUUAAUUAGAAAGCUAAAUAAUGGAAAAUAUUUUUGGUCACUGGUUUGUUAAUUAUCGGCGGUAAAAAGUAGGCACUUUCCACGAAUUGGGGUAUGAAUUUAACAAAAGCCGAUAACUGCUACGAUAACAUUUAUUUAUGUGGUAGAAUAUUAUCAUACUCGUCACUUAUAUUUAACAAAAAAAUGUUGUAAAACACCUGCAUACCGUGUUAGUGUAUGUUUUAAAGUAUAGUUACUAUCACCUUAAAAUGGGUUUGAAUUUGAACGACGAUCCAUUUAUUGAGUCCUUGCGUCUUGAUGAUCAGAGUACCGGCGGUACCAUCGACUGGGAUUGGUGGAAACACGCCUCCUUCUACCACGUCUACGUCAAGUCUUUCAGGGAUAGCAACAACGACGGGAUCGGUGAUAUCCGGGGUGUAAUCGAGAAAAUUGACCAUUUUCCAGACUCAGGGAUCGAUGCCAUCUUUUUAUCGCCAAUAUUUCAGUCUCCGAAGAUUGAUCAAGGGUAUGAUGUCAGUGAUUUCAUGGAUGUGGACCCUGAAUUUGGGACGAUGGACGAUUUGAAGGAACUUAUUACCCAGUCGCAUGAAAGAAACUUGAAAAUCCUUCUGGAUUUUGUGCCGAAUCAUACCAGCGACCAGCACCAAUGGUUCGUCGAUUCGGUGAAAGGGGUUGAUGAGUACCGUGACUUUUAUAUUUGGGUGGACGCGAAGUACGACGGCAGCGGAAACAGACAGCCACCAAAUAACUGGCUCAGCGUUUUCCACCAUUCCGCAUGGAGCUGGAACGAAACGCGACAACAGUACUACUUGCACCAGUUCCACCCCACACAGCCUGACUUGAAUUUUCGUAACCCGAAAGUAGUAGAAGCCAUGAAUAAAGUACUACUUUUCUGGUUGGACCAAGGAAUCGACGGUUUUAGAGUAGACGCAAUCCCUUACAUCUUCGAAAGCGAAAAUCUGUAUGACGAACCCCCAUCGUACUGGCCAGGAGUACCCGACUACGAAUUCGAAAGUCUUGACCAUGUACACACCAAGGACCAGCCUGAAACCUACGAACUCAUGCACCAGUGGCGACAACUUUUAGACUCUUACAGCGAAAAAAACAGAGGACAUGCUAGAAUCCUGAUGUCUGAGGCUUACACCACUAUCGAAAAUACCAUGCGGUACUUUGGUACUCGCGAUGGUACUAAAUUGGGCGCCCACUUCACUUUCAACUUUUUCUUAGUGGGUGAUGCCACAGCGGGCGCGAGCGCCCACGAUAUAGUCGUUUCAAUCAACAAAUGGUUGGACAACAUUCCACCCAUUUAUACAUCAAGCUGGGUUUUGAGCAACCACGACAACCAUAGAAUAUCGACGAGAUGUGGCCCAGGAAACAUAGAUGGGUUUAACAUGCUCAAAGCUAUCCUUCCGGGAAUCGACGUCACGUACUACGGCGAAGAAAUCGGCCAAGAGAACGGAGAAAUCCUGUACGAGGAAAAUCAAGAUUUGAAAGUGAAAAAUCGGGGAAUGUUUGAAAAGUUGUGUCGGGAUUUCGAACGAACCCCGUUCCAGUGGGACGAUUCUGUAAAUGCUGGGUUUAAUGAUGGGGCCAAGCCGUGGUUGCCUGUCAGUAGCAAGUACUUGGAGACGAAUUUGAAGAAACAGAAAGGGGAUGGACCUAGUCAUUAUAAGGUGUUUAGGGAGCUGACGAGAAUUCGGUCUAACGUGGUGUUGGUACGAGGAAGUACCGUGGUAAAGAGUGUGUCCGAACAUACGAUUUUGGUUAGGAGAAGUCACGACGGUUCCUCAGUGGUACUCGUUUUCAACAAAGGGGUCUCGCAGGUGGUACUUAAUGUGUCAGAGGAUGUGUCCAAGACGAACUACGUUGAAAUUAAAAGUGUCCAAUCACCAAAAGAGAUAGGGUACGCUGUGGACCCUCAUCAUUUGAAAAUGGAGCCGCACGAGGCGUUGAUUAUAUUUUGCUCUAUUUAAAACGCUGUAUUUCUACACUCAAUAAACAA